UAGAACUUGCAAGAGCAUCUCAUCUCAUCUCAUCUCAUCUCAUUGUGUUUGACUUUGAUCAUUUCCUUCAAUUCUUCUCUUCUUCCUCCCCUUCACUACUAUAUUUCUAUUCUUCCCUACCCUUCCCUCAUUCAUCAAUUUUGAUACAAAUGGAAAAGGAGAAGGAGAUCAAACCAGAUCCUUCAAUGGAGAUUCCUAAAUAUUUCAGGUGCCCCAUUUCAAUGGAAGUCAUGAAGGACCCUGUUACCAUCUCCACUGGUGUUACAUAUGAAAGGAAGAACAUUGAGAAGUGGUUCUUCACUUACAAGAAGAAUACUUGCCCUGCAACAAAUCAGAUCAUAGACAACUUUGAUCUCAUCACCCCUAACAAUACUCUCAAGCGCCUCAUUCUCGCAUGGCAGCAACAGAAAUCUCAUCAAUCCUUCAAUCCAUUGCAGCCGAAUUCGUCGAUUAUUAUUUCUUGCAAGCACGAAGAAUUAAUCUCCUUGUUCUCCACCAUCCAUUCCACUCCAUUCAAGGUAAGUUUGCUCAAGAAACUCCGAUCAAUUAUCGAAUUGGGUAAUGAAACCCAAAUUGAUUUUGUUCAAUCAGGAGGUAUUGAAGUACUAAGUCACAUAAUUGUCCAAACUCUAUCUGAAAAUUUUGAUCAUUUCAUCACAUUUCGAGCUUGCGAAGAAGCUUUAUCUAUUUUAGAUCAACUAGUCUUUUCCGAUGACUCUGUAUGGCUUCAGAUCAUGGUACCAAAGCCUGAAUGUAUCAAAGCCAUGGCUAUGAUGCUUCAAAGAGGUUCCGCAGAGGGAAGGCUCCACACGGUUACCAUAUUCAGAAAGAUGGCUAAAGUAGUUGAGUAUAAUUUCAGUUGGGUUGUACAAGAUCAAAGUAUUGAUCUAUUGAAAUCUUUAUUAGAAUUCUUAUCAGAUGAGAUACAUAGUAAGGCCUUCUCAUAUGCAUUGGAUGUGUUGGUUCAUAUCAUUGGAUCGUCAAAAAAGAAUAGGUUAAAGGCGAUCGAAGCCGGUGCAGUUUGUGUUCUAAUUGAGCUUCUACCAGACUCAAAUAAACCUAAAUGUGAGAAGAUAUUGUUGCUGAUCAAAUUGCUUUGUGAAUGCGCUGAGGGAAGAUUAGGGUUAGUAGAACAUGGGUUAGGGAUCGCGGUGUUGUCUAAGAAGAUAUUACGCGUUUCGGAUGCUGCAACUAAGCUUGGGGUGAAGAUCUUGUGGUUGAUAUGCAGUUCUCAUCCAUCGAUGAGGGUGUUAGAGGAGAUGUUGGUAUUAGGAUCAGUGAAGAAGUUGUUGGCUUUGGUACAUUAUAUUAAUGUUGGGCAGUCAUCUAUUAAGAAUAAAGCACUAAAGAUCUUCAAGUUACAUGGAAGUACAUGGCAGCAAUAUCCUUGUUUCCCUAGUGAAUUGAAGGAUUGUUCCAAAUUAAUCAAUGAUUCUUCUUCAGCUUCAAGUUCAUGAUAAAAUUCAUCAUCAUCUCCUCUAGUGAUGAGUUUCAACAUACAAAUUUUGUAUGGAUCAAGAGUGGUUUGUUUAGUUAGUUAAUUUGUGCCUUUAAUUUUUUGUGGUUUGAGAUUUUCGUUCUUUCUUUUUUUCUUUUUUUCCUUUUAUUGUAGUUACAAAUUAAGUUGUAUAUACAUUUUUUUUGCUAUAAAUAAAUUACUUUCUAAGAGUUAA